UUACUGCUUUGUUGUUUUAAUAUGUAGGUUAUAGUGAUAAGUUUAUCUUCGUGAUAAGUAUACUAGUAUUAUAUCUGACAUAGAUCAACAGUGAUUUGUUCAGUAUGGAUGUUAUCAAUUAUAGGUAUAAAGGAAAACUUGAAGGUUUUGACUUGUAUGAUGUCGUCUAGAAUAAUUGUUCGCAGCACCAAGUCAGUUUAAAUGUAGUUUAAAUGAAGUUAAUAAUGGAUUUAGUUUCUUUAUGAUUUUGCUUAAAUGAUUCGACGUGGAAUUAAAACGAAAAUAUGUCUACCAAAAAUCUUCUUGUGAACGAGGAAUCACCCCCAUCUUAUCAGUCCAUAUACCCAGCGGAAGUAACCAUAACAACAGAGCAGAAUGACAUUCAAACCACCGUGACCCCCCAGUCUGUCAUAGACCCUGAUACAGAAACACACAUUUAUAAACGGCGCUGGUAUGUGUUAAUAGUGUAUUCUCUGCUGGCCUUUACACAGAAUGGUGUUUGGAACACGUGGGGACCUAUUGCUGCAUCGUCAGAGGAAGCGUUUGGUUGGUCUGACGCGGACAUCGCCCUCUUGUCAAACUGGGGACCAAUAUCCUAUGUUCUGGCAGCCUUCAUCAUGUCUUGGGUUGUUGAUGUUAAAGGACUUAGAUGGUCGUGCUUAAGUACGGCGGUUAUGAUAGCCCUCGGCGCUGGUGUGAGAUGUAUAACAGACCGGCCUCCUUAUGUUAAAUGGACGGUUAAUAUUGGUCAGUUUCUGAAUGGUUUGGCGGGCCCGGUUGCCAUGGGUGUUCCGCCAGUUUUGUCAGCUUUGUGGUUUCCUGUCAAAGAACGCACAACAGCCACAGCAAUUUCCUUCGUUGUUUCAAGCAUCGGUAUCGCUGUCUCGUUUUCGCUUGGUCCAUAUAUGGUACCGGACAGAACCUCCAACACAACCUCCACAGUAAGCAAUACCUCAUUGAUCAACACAACAGAUGAUGAUAGAAUUUCUCAAGAAAGACAUGAUAUUAUGAUUUAUAUGUAUGUUGAAGCUGCCUGGGCCGCCUUUAUUCUCCUGCUGAUAUUCAUUUACUUCCCAGCUAAGCCCCCCAAACCUCCGACUUUGUCAGCUUCCGUGGAGCGCAUGGACUUCAAGGCUGGCGCCAAGUGUCUUGUCAGAAAUGUGCGGUUUUGGAUUAUAUGUGCUACAUAUGGUAUAUCUCUGGGAGUCUUUAACUGUUGGCAGAGUGUUCUUGAUGUCAUCCUUAAACCUCACAACAUAGACGAGAACGAGGCUGGAUGGCUGGGCUUCUAUUCCAUUCUUGCAGGUUGUGCUGGGUCAAUAAUUUUAGCAAAAUUUGCGGACAUAUUUUCGCGUCAUACGAAGAUGUUCCUCUUGUUGUUAUAUAUUUGUGGAAGUGCUUGCUUCGUCUGGUUUACUCUUCUCAUAAAUGGAACCAUUCCAGAAUCUACAUAUUCUUUGUAUGCUGCUAUCAUUCUUGCCACGCUUCUUCUUACUGCCAGCGUGCCCCUUUAUUACGAGAUGGCGUGUGAAGUGACUUACCCUGUGGCGGAAGGGAUCACCAACUUUGUCCUGACUCUCGUCAAUAACAUAGGGGGACUGGUAUUUCUUCUCGUCGGCAUGAUACCCCAUAUAGGGACGACUUGGGAGAACUGGGCGUGUCUGGGCGCUAUUGGGUCCUGUAUCCCUGUCUUAUUCCUCAUCAAAGAGAAUUACAACCGUCUAGAAGUAGACGAAAUCAAACGCCAGUGAAGAAUGCCAGUGGCUAGAUAAAGACAGGACAAUGAGAUUAUUUACUGUAAUUUAUUUUAUAAAUAUUGACGCUAGUUUUGAAAAUAAAAAAAAUUAAAUCAUA